UGUAUUCCUCCACCCACCUCAUUUUUCUAGUUACUUGAAAUUCUGGUGCUUCUGGGUGUUUAUUUUUUAACCUGCUAGCUCUGUGCACAGACGCUCCCCCACUUCCUACAAGGAAGGGUUAUACAAAUUGAAAAGCAACAUCGUACAAGCCAGAGACACAAUAUACAGGAGACAGAGAGGAGAAAUUACAGGGCAUCAGUGUAUCGCUGCGGAGGAGCCGAGACUGAGGGGGGCCGUGAAUGUCUCAAGACCUUUUGUUGCCCCUUCGCAAUUGCUGGGCUGAAGCAGAGAGGUUACAGAGGGGGUAAAUACAGCGAGGAUGGCGGAAGAAGAAGCCGGUCAGGAGACAAACCUCGGGGCCUACUCGCCCGUAGACUAUAUGAGUAUCACCAGCUUCCCCCGGCUUCCCGAGGACGAUACCGGCUCCACCGACAAUGUGCUGCGGUACCGCAAAGACGAUGACUCGUCCCUCUGUGACCCGGACACCACAGAUCCGGACCUGUUCUUGAAAUCAGCUCGCCUUCAACGCCUACCCUCCUCCUCCUCUGAGAUGGGUAGUCAGGAGAUGUCUCCCCUGCGUGUGACCAACAAGGACCCUUUCUCUGGUGACUGCGCCUGUCGCCAGGAUGGUCUGACUGUUAUCAUCACUGCCUGCUUAACAUUUGCGACUGGAGUCACUGUGGCCUUGAUUAUGCAGAUCUACUUUGGAGACCCACAGAUCUUUCACCAAGGUGCAGUAGUUACAGAUGUGGCCCAUUGCUCCACAGUUGGUACCGAAAUACUGAAUCGUGAUGGCUCUUCGGUGGAUGCAGCUAUUGUGUCCGCAUUAUGCUUAGGAAUAGUCCACCCCCACAGCUCUGGAAUUGGAGGGGGUGGUGUCAUGUUAGUUCAUGAUAUCAGGAAGAAUGAAAGCUUCAUCAUUGAUUUCCGAGAGACAGCUCCAGCAGAGGUUGAGGAACAGAUGUUUGCACAUAAUUGGAAGGACAAGCCUGGUCUCUUGGUAGCUGUCCCAGGAAUGAUGCAAGGAUUGCAUCAGGCCCAUCAACUCUAUGGCAGAAUCUCCUGGUCUGAGUUGAUGGCUGCAGCAGCGAAAAUUGCACGAGAAGGUUUUAAUGUGACUCAAGAACUUGCUAAAGCGAUCAAUCAAGUUAAGGACUCCAAUAUGUCAGAUACUUUCCAUGAAACCUUCCUGCCACAGGGGCAACCGUUACAUCCAGGAGCUUUCAUGAAACGUUUGGACUUGGCAGCAAUUUUCAGCGCUGUUGGUUUCGGGGGCAUUUCAGCAUUUUACAGUGGAAAUGUAACAGAGGAGAUGGCUUCUGAGGUUCAGAGUAGAGGUGGAGUGCUGUCUGUGGAGGAUUUUGCUAAUUACAGCGUGAUUGUUGAGAAGCCUGUUGAAGGAUCAUACCAAGGUCACUUUGUGCUGUCUGCUCCAGCCCCACAUGCAGGACCUGCACUUAUUGCAGCCCUCAACAUUUUGGAAGGAUUUAACAUUACAGCGCAGGCAACCAGGAAUCUAACCUAUCACUUACUCACUGAGUCACUGAAAAUCGCUCUAGCCUUGGCAAGCAGCCUAAGUGACCCUUUCUUUAAUUCCUCCGUUAAUCAACUGAUUGAGCAGAUGCUCAGCAAAUCAGAAGCCAGAACUCUGCGCCAGCUGAUUAAUGACAGUGUGGCAUUCCCUCCUGCUCACUAUCUGCCUGUCUACUCCUUGGAGACUGGUCCUUCUACAAGCCAAGUGCACGUCAUUGGACCUGAUGACUUCAUUGUUUCUGUUGUGAGCUCCUUGAACCGUCCAUUUGGCAGUGGGAUCAUGACUGCCUCUGGGGUUCUUCUGAACAGCCAGAUGUCGGACUUCUUCUGGCCGAACAAAGCGCAAGACAACUCCACAGCGAAUCUUAGGAACAGUAUUCAACCUGGCAAAAGGCCUUUGUCUUUUUUGUUACCCACAAUCGUACGGCCAUUACGAGGGAUGUGUGGGACAUACCUCUCUCUUGGAGCGUCUGGUGGAACAAAUACUCUGAGUAGCCUCACUGAGGUCUUGUUGAACAUUUUCUCAUUUCGCAAGCAUCUGAAUGAAAGCCUUGCUCUUAGCCGUUUCUAUCCGCAGCUUCAGCCAAAUGUUUUACUGGUUGAGAAUGAGUUCCCAGAGGAGGAAGUGGAGUUUCUUGCAGAGCGAGGUCACACAGUGGUGAGAGAAGAGAUUCACUCCUUGGUCCAUGUAGCCAGGAGGAUAAAUGACUUCAUCACAGGGGCCAAGGAUCCAAGAAGCAGUGAUGCAGCUGCAGCUGUCAUUUUGUAGCCAGGAUUUUUUGCCUGUGAUGGUUUCUUUCUCUCUUCUUUUUACCCUUUUUACUUUUGAUUCACCGUGAAGUUGCAGAGUGCAAGGCAAAGGUUAAACACCGAAUGUAACAGUCAGGGCCCGGUGACAAGAGAAGUAACGUUCUGGGGGAGCUGUGAGUAGAUUCGUCUGAGUCUGGUUAUCGUUGAUGUUUUAUCUAAAGGUGGCCUGACUCCCACUGUUUGUCCAGGUUCUUGUGAUUUAGAGCAGAUAAGAUGAUUUACGAUGUGCAUUUUAUCUUAGAACCAAAGCAUGCUACAGAUUUAAUCUGUGACACUGCAGCUGCCCCCACCACCAACUCCUCUUUAUUUACAGUCAUACAGUUAAAAAGAUUUGCAAAGUAAUAGAAAUCUAUGCUGUUGCAAACCGUCAGCAUGUUUGUCACACCAAUUUCCAAGAUGCAGACUUCUGAUCACUUUGCUACCAUAUCCUAGUUGAAGCAUCAUGCUGAUGUUACUGGACCAGGAAU